UCAUCUCCUUCGAUGAACUCUGGGAAAAGCGCUUGGUCCUGCUUCGAGAUGGAAUGACAUAGCAUUUUUGAGGAGCAUUGAUCAGUUUGCUAAUUUAUGCUACAUCAGACUGUGGAGCAUAUUCAGACCUGGUAGAGACCUUUCGGGAGCUGCUGAGUCCUGGAGCGGAGGGAUUGUGUGAAGACACAGACGCUUUACCCUGAGACGAGUACAGAAGUUUUCAUUAUAAGGAUUGUGCAGCUUUUAAGCAGCAGCUUCGCCUGGCCCUGCCGUUACAGAUGGAGCCCAUGCUUUGUGCCCUGCACCUAUGGUAAGAAGAGCGCGGCACGCUCCGCCCAACAGGUCGGAGAGGAACACGCUGUUCAGUUAUGUGGGCUGUCACUGUGGGAGAAUAACAGCAGAGUUAAGAGGAAGAUCUAUGAGGCAUGGAACCUCCCAUCGGGUGUGGAAGCAAAUAAAAUGAAUGGAGAGAUACCAGACUGCCACUGAGACCCAUGGACAAUCCUACGCUCACACUUCUCCAUCCAACUUGAAGAUUAAUUAAUAAUAUGCUGCCCUUGCAAGAUGACAAGAAACUAAUGCCAAGAAGGCAUAUUCUUCAGUAUUUGGAAUAGACGUGCUCUCAAGACCAUGGCUUCAAAAGUCUCCUGUUUGUAUGUUUUGACAGUUGUGUGCUGGGCCAGCGCCCUCUGGUACUUGAGCGUAACUCGUCCUACUUCUUCCUACACUGGCUCCAAGCCAUUCAGCCACCUAACAGUUGCCAGGAAAAACUUCACAUUUGGCAACAUAAGAACUCGACCUAUAAACCCACAUUCUUUCGAAUUUCUUAUAAAUGAGCCCAACAAAUGUGAGAAAAACAUUCCUUUCCUUGUUAUCCUCAUCAGCACCACCCACAAAGAAUUUGACGCCCGCCAGGCCAUCCGAGAGACAUGGGGAGAUGAAAACAACUUCAAGGGGAUCAAGAUAGCCACUCUGUUUCUCCUGGGCAAGAACACCGACCCUGUUCUGAAUCAGAUGGUGGAGCAAGAGAGCCAAAUCUUCCACGACAUUAUCGUGGAGGACUUCAUUGACUCCUACCAUAACCUUACCCUCAAAACUUUAAUGGGGAUGAGAUGGGUGGCCACUUUUUGUUCGAAAGCCAAGUAUGUCAUGAAAACAGACAGUGACAUUUUUGUAAACAUGGACAACCUUAUUUAUAAACUACUAAAACCCUCCACCAAGCCACGAAGAAGGUAUUUUACUGGCUAUGUCAUCAAUGGAGGGCCCAUCCGGGACGUCCGCAGUAAGUGGUAUAUGCCCAGGGAUUUGUACCCCGACAGUAACUACCCACCGUUCUGUUCGGGGACUGGCUAUAUCUUCUCAGCCGAUGUGGCUGAGCUCAUUUACAAGACCUCACUCCACACCAGGCUGCUCCACCUUGAAGAUGUAUAUGUAGGACUGUGUCUCCGCAAGCUGGGCAUACAUCCUUUCCAGAACAGUGGCUUCAAUCACUGGAAAAUGGCCUACAGUUUGUGUAGGUACCGCCGGGUUAUCACUGUGCAUCAGAUCUCUCCAGAAGAGAUGCACAGAAUCUGGAAUGACAUGUCAAGCAAGAAACAUCUCAGAUGUUAGGAUUUUUACCAAUGUAAAUACAUUUCUUUUCUUUUUUAAGAAAUGGGGUUUAGGGUGUUGGUAUUUUACAGGUGUCACCAGGAGACAUGAACUGGUGAAGGGGUUUUGUAAAAAGCUUUUUCUUCCCACUCCAAGUUCCUUUCUUGGAUAGCCAAUUUACACGUGUUAGGCUUUGAUCAUAGAGACAAUGCAUAAGUGAGAAGGGCCAGAUUUUAUUCUCAGGUCCGAAGGCCUUGCAUUUAUCUCAAAAAGCAGCUUCCUAACAACUUCUAUGAUUUACAUACUGUACAUCUGAGAUACAAAUCUGGUUCUGGGAAACUGAAACUCAUAGUAAUGUCUUCAUAGCAUCUCUGCAGAAGUAAAUAAAUAAGUAACUCUUUUUCAAAAACAAUUGAGAAAUACUACACAGUCAGGAAAACACACUGGAUGUGAUGAUUAAUACUGCGUGUGCUAUUACAUUGAAUUUUUACAUAUAUUGCCACAUCGUGUGUACAGUAUUUGUGGUACCAACAAGAAAUGAACUUAGCACAGGCAGGGAGGAUGCAGUUUUAAAAAAUGGAAAUUUAAACUUAAGAGUGAGAUACUUUGCAUGUUUGGAAAAGGAUUCUGCUUGUGCAUUAAACAAACAUUACCCGGUGCCUCCAAGGAGACUUUGCCAAAUGUCAUCUUUUCUGCUCCUCUCCAUACCAUGUCGCUAAGUGCAUUUUACAGUUUCUGUCUCAGGCAGGCACAUGUGUAGAAAUAAGCUGGUGGGAGGCCAGAACAAUAAAUCACACGGAGAAAAUACAAAUUUAUAUAUGCAUUAUAAUUAACAUAAGCUUAGCAAUAGUAUAAGAUGCCCCUCCCACACAUUUGCAAAGUACAUGAGAAAAUCUUUUAACAGAUACCAAUGCUAUUGAAUGAGUUCGCCCUACAGUUGAGAGAUGUGACACUCUCUAAUACCCGAAACACCCAAGUACCUCUAGCAGCCGUGCUGGUAGGAGGUGUUCAGAAGUCUCUGUGAUUGAGGUUCAUGGGAAAAAGAAGGGGAAGCUUGGGUUCAGGUUCUGCUGAUGCCGUAAUACUUGUUGGGUCAUGUGAGCAGGCAUCUUUACUUUACUGUGCUUCAAAUACACUCAUUUAUAAAAUGGCUGGAAAAAACACCUACCUCACAGGUGCUGUGAGAGCAAAUCGCAUUUGCUAAGUAUUUUGAGAUCCUUGGUUUAAAAGGUGCUACGAAAUGCAAUGUAUCAUGCAUUAUGCUAAAUGCUAAAAUAGUUACAUAAUUACAACGAUGGUCAAAAGUAGUAGUCACAUCAUGUUAAUAUGAAAUCUGCCAAACUAAAGAUCAAAUAUGAACUAUUAGUGCACCCGAUUCUUCUAAGACGUUGACUUUUCCUUGGAAAUGUUAGGUGUUUGGGGAAGCUUCAAUGUCACUGUCAUUUCUUCUGGUUUCAAUGAAUAAGUUAGUAUUUCAGCGCAUCGCCCUGAUCUCCCAGGGUGCUGAAAGUGAAGGCAGCGGGCUUUCUUUGGGGAGGAGCCUCUGGCCAUGGGCAUAGUAGAAUAAUUGAAGCACAUGCUUUGCAAAAUGUAUCACAUCAACUUAGAUCUCAGGAAACACUUGAUCUGAAUUCUCAGUAAGAGCUUGGAGGAUCAGUGGAGCUCUUCCUCUUCUAUCAGAAUAGGCUCUCAGCAAACCCGCACAUUCCAUAUCUUCUACCAUUCACUAGAAAACUGUUUUCAUUCAGAGAAAGGCCCCCAACUGAGGGAGUAUGCCUUUUUUUUUAACCUGACUUUGGAAGCCCCCCGAGAAGUUGAUAGCAAACAGGUAUACAAAACGAAUAAAUGGAAACAUGGCCUAUUUCCUGAAAACACUGGAUAUCUCAUCCCCCGCUAGAACAACCCAGUACGAGACAGGCCUCCCAGUCCCUUAGCACAUCUUUCCCCUUACAGUCAACAGAACUGUAAGAACUGGGGAGAGAUGGGUUAGCACAGGCGAGCCACCCUCCGACCCCAACCUUUAACCGCUGUGAGUUUCAAUCACUGCAGAGGUCUCACGACUUUGUACUUGGUUCACCUUUCAGUCGCGUGGCCAAGUCAAGCCUCUGUCUCAUACACUGUCUUGCAUUUACCUUAUGCCGAGUCAAGUCACCAUUGGUGUCAAGGAAUUACGCAUUAUAAACAUCAUAUAUGUACAUCUGUGAAUUGGGGGGUGUGUCUGUGUGUCUGUCUGUGUGUCUGUGUGUGUACAUUAUGAAUAGAGCCCUAAUCUUUAAAAGGAGCAAAAAUCAGAGAAUCACAUGUCUUAAAGAACUAUUUCCUAACUUUUUUAUGCUAGGUAGUGCCCAUGUGACAAACAUGUAAAUAUUCAUCGAAGCCCAUAUGUAUAUAUUUUAAAGGCCGGUUUUUCUUCUCCCCAUCUUUACGUACAGCUAGAAUGUGCUUGCUGGGUACACUUCCUUCUGCAUGGAGCUUGGUGAGGCAAGGCCAUUUGUCCAGUUCCAAUAGCCUAAAGCAUGUUUGCCCUUUGUUUUUUUGAAUGUUCAAAACUAUGUUUAAGUCAAGUGAUCAGAAAAUGCUCUAAUUUUCUACCUUUGUUAAUUUUAUGACACUGGCCAAAUUAUAGUUUCAAUGAUUUGUGAUGCCAUUUUUAAAAACUUGACUAUCAUUUCUCUGGUAUAAAAUAAUACUUUGGACAGUAUUGUACUAGGAGUCGUUCAGACAGUUUUUACGAAAGCCUUCUGACUAUCCCUCUACAUGUUUUGUUCAUUUUGCGUUGGGUAACAAAAAGUAUUAAUAAUUAGUGUCUGUAUUCUUGCAUUUUCUUUCUUAAAUUUAUUUUUGGGGAAAAAGUUUUACCUUUGGUGGCUAGUUUGUGUGGCUUUCUGUCUUCUUUUAUUGGUGCAAAUGCCAGUUUUCAAUAUAUAAUAUUGUAUUUUUAAAUAACUAGAAUAAAAAAUGAAGAUCAUUUUUUGUUUGGAUUAAAUUCAGAACAAAACCCCUUUGUGUGAUAUGAUAUGGGGAAAACAAACUCUUUACAGAGAAGCUAAGGAAGGAGGUUUUCAAUCCAAUCUCUUCUGUCAAAAGACAAUGGAAUAUUUACAUAAAGCGUCUGGGAUUCAUUUUCUACCUUUCCUAAUAUGUGGGUUUAGUGGGGGCAUUGAUUAUGUGAUUUCUUCUGUAAAGGUGAAGAUAGUUUUUAUAAGCAACAAAGUACCUUGUGAAUGAAAGAAGUAAUUUACUAGAAACACUUGUUAAUGAUAAUUGACAUUUAGGUAUAUCGUUAUAGAUGAAUGAUCGUAUUUAUGUAUUUAUUUGUCAAAAUUGUACAUACUAUUUCGCCAAAUGUAAUUGUCUGUAAAAGUGCACUCUCCAGGUUUGUAGUACUGUUUAGGGUUACAUGGGUUGCCAAUCAAGCUGCUAAUCAGAAUACUAUUUUUUUGUAUCAAUGUUAUAAAACUGAAAGUGACAAAUAGAUGCUGAAGAUGUCUUUACAUUCGGUUUCUUCACCUUCCUCUUGAAAUGUAAACUGUUGAUUGAAAGCACGAUGCUAAUGUGUAAGCCCAUCUGUCAUGAGGGAGAUUAUGGUUCCAUAAAGCUGAUUUUUUAAAACAUUGGGACAAAUAAACAGAAGGAGAACAUA